CGGGGUGGGGGCUGUGUAUGCGGGAGAAGGAAGGGGUGGGAAUCUGAGGAGAAGACUACCUUUUUGUUAUUAUUGUUAUUUUUAAUAUAUUAUUUUCACCGUACAAGGAGGACGCUCGGAAUUCACCGGCCUGUCGCCUCCCGAGAGGGACCCGGGGAUUGUGCGGUCGCUUUUCUUCAUUUUAUUUUUGUUUGCUUUGUUUCGUUUGUUUUGAUUUGGGGCUUUUUAUUUUUAUUAUUAUUUUUCUUUUUCCGCUGAGCAGCAGCGGCGGCAGCAGCAGCAGCAAUAUGGCUGGUGAUGGGUUUUUUGGGGGGCGCUGGCGGCGGGAGGAGCUCUCGGCAGCCCCUGCGCGCCCGGCUCGCUGUUAGCUAUGGCAAAUGGCAGCGGCGGCGGCUCCUACCCGGGCGGCAGCGGCGGCGGCGGCAUUAGAAUGAGUAACAAUAUCAACGCCAACAAUCUCAACACAGACUCGUCCUCCUCCCCCGUCAAUGUGCCCAAGAUGGAUGCGCUGAUCAUCCCGGUGACCAUGGAGGUGCCCUGCGAUAGCCGCGGACAGCGCAUGUGGUGGGCUUUCCUCGCCUCAUCCAUGGUCACUUUCUUUGGGGGACUGUUUAUCAUCCUGCUGUGGAGGACCCUCAAGUACCUGUGGACUGUCUGCUGCCACUGCGGGGUCAAAAACAAGGAGGCCCAGAAGAUCAAUGGUGGUGGAGAUACACAGGCAGAUGGGGCCUGCAAACCAACAGAUGAAAAAGAGGAGAAUGUGGCAGCAGAAGUGGGAUGGAUGACCUCUGUGAAGGACUGGGCAGGAGUCAUGAUAUCUGCCCAGACAUUAACUGGCAGAGUACUUGUUGUCUUAGUCUUCGCUCUUAGUAUUGGUGCUCUUGUAAUAUACUUCAUAGAUUCGUCAAAGAGCCGUACAGCAGACUCAUUGAUCCCAAUAGAAUCCUGCCAGAAUUUCUACAAAGAUUUCACAUUACAGAUCGACAUGGCUUUCAAUGUGUUCUUCCUACUCUACUUCGGCUUGCGUUUCAUAGCAGCCAAUGACAAGCUAUGGUUUUGGCUAGAAGUUAAUUCAGUAGUAGAUUUCUUCACAGUCCCUCCAGUGUUUGUGUCAGUAUAUUUAAACAGAAGUUGGCUUGGUUUAAGAUUUUUAAGAGCCCUUAGACUGAUUCAGUUUUCAGAAAUUUUGCAGUUUCUGAAUAUCCUUAAAACAAGUAAUUCCAUCAAGCUAGUGAAUCUGUGCUCUAUAUUUAUCAGCACGUGGCUGACAGCAGCUGGGUUCAUACAUUUGGUGGAGAACUCAGGGGAUCCAUGGGAAAAUUUCCAAAAUAAUCAGCCACUAACGUAUUGGGAAUGUGUUUAUUUACUGAUGGUUACAAUGUCCACUGUGGGCUACGGAGAUGUUUAUGCAAAAACAACCCUUGGUCGCCUUUUCAUGGUCUUCUUCAUCCUUGGGGGAUUGGCCAUGUUUGCCAGCUACGUCCCUGAAAUCAUAGAGUUAAUAGGAAACCGCAAGAAAUAUGGUGGUUCCUAUAGUGCGGUUAGUGGAAGAAAGCACAUAGUUGUCUGUGGUCACAUAACACUUGAAAGUGUGUCCAACUUCCUGAAGGACUUCUUGCACAAGGAUAGGGAUGAUGUCAACGUAGAAAUCGUCUUUCUGCAUAAUAUCUCCCCUAACCUUGAGCUGGAAGCUCUUUUUAAACGACACUUCACUCAGGUGGAAUUUUAUCAGGGUUCAGUCCUUAAUCCCCAUGACCUGGCGAGAGUGAAGAUAGAGUCAGCAGAUGCGUGCCUAAUCCUUGCCAAUAAAUACUGCGCUGACCCAGAUGCUGAAGAUGCCUCCAAUAUUAUGAGAGUUAUUUCAAUAAAGAAUUAUCAUCCGAAGAUAAGAAUUAUCACUCAGAUGUUGCAGUAUCACAAUAAGGCUCACCUGCUAAAUAUCCCAAGCUGGAACUGGAAAGAAGGCGAUGACGCAAUCUGUCUUGCUGAGCUCAAGCUGGGUUUCAUAGCCCAGAGCUGCCUGGCACCGGGCCUUUCAACAAUGUUAGCCAACCUCUUCUCUAUGAGAUCGUUCAUAAAGAUUGAAGAGGAUACGUGGCAGAAAUACUACCUGGAAGGAGUUGCAAAUGAAAUGUAUACAGAGUAUCUGUCUAGUGCCUUUGUGGGUUUGUCCUUCCCUGCAGUUUGUGAACUGGUGUUUGCGAAACUAAAGCUCUUAAUGAUAGCCAUAGAAUACAAAUCGGAAAAACGAGAAAGCAGAAGCCGAAAGCGUAUAUUAAUCAAUCCUGGAAACCACGUCAAGAUUCAAGAAGGUACAUUAGGAUUCUUCAUUGCAAGUGAUGCCAAAGAAGUAAAAAGGGCAUUUUUUUACUGCAAGGCCUGUCAUGAUGACAUCACGGAUCCCAAAAGGAUAAAAAAAUGUGGCUGCAAACGGCAAGUAAAGAAUGCAGCUAGAUCAAGUUACCCAAAAUGUUCAUAUCAGUUCAAGAAUGCAACUACUAGUGCAUUGGUUGGUGCCAAGUCCACUGAAGGAAUCCUGGAACCUGUUCCACUUGUUAAUAAUCGUAAAGGGAGCCUCUUCCUACCCAACAACCCCUCGCUGCUGCACCUUAACUUACUGAGUUCUGUUGAACAAGGAAAACCUGCGUACUGUAGCUUGCAAAAGGCACACAGCUUGCCUGUAAAAUACCACUACCACGCCCACAAGCCUGGGUUGAACCAAGAUCUCCUUGAAGAUGAGCAGCCGUCAACACUAUCACCCAAAAAAAAGCAGCGAAAUGGAGGCAUGCGAAAUUCACCCAACUCCUCACCCAAAUUGAUGAGGCAUGACCCCUUGUUAAUUCCUGGCAACGAGCAGAUUGACAAUAUGGAUGCCAAUGUGAAAAAAUAUGACUCUACAGGGAUGUUUCAUUGGUGUCCGGCCAAGGACAUUGAAAAGGUCAUUUUGACUCGAAGUGAAGCAGCGAUGACAGUUUUAAGUGGGCAUGUAGUCGUUUGCAUAUUUGGGGAUGUUAAAUCUGCUUUGAUUGGAUUAAGAAAUUUAGUGAUGCCUUUACGAGCCAGCAACUUUCACUACCAUGAACUCAAACACAUUGUGUUUGUGGGUUCACUUGAAUACCUGAGAAGGGAAUGGGAGACACUGCAUAACUUCCCCAAGGUUUCAAUCUUGCCUGGUACGCCAUUAAGUCGGGCUGAUUUAAGGGCUGUCAACAUCAACCUCUGCGACAUGUGCGUUAUCCUGUCAGCCAAUCAGAAUAAUAUUGAUGAUGCUUCGCUGCAGGACAAGGAAUGCAUCUUGGCGUCACUCAACAUCAAAUCUAUGCAGUUUGAUGACAGCAUUGGGGUCUUGCAGGCUAAUUCCCAAGGCUUUACCCCCCCUGGCAUGGAUAGGUCAUCUCCAGACAACAGUCCAGUCCAUGGCUUGUUACGUCAACCCUCCAUUACAACAGGAGCCAACAUCCCUAUUAUAACAGAACUAGCUAAGCCUGGCAAACUUCUGCCUUUGGUUUCAAUCAGUCAGGAAAAAAACAGUGGAACCCACAUUCUAAUGAUAACUGAACUGGUAAAUGAUUCAAAUGUUCAGUUCUUGGACCAAGAUGACGACGAUGACCCAGACACAGAACUGUAUCUCACGCAGCCCUUUGCAUGUGGAACUGCAUUUGCUGUCAGUGUGCUGGACUCUCUCAUGAGCGCAACAUACUUCAAUGACAAUAUCCUCACACUGAUACGGACAUUGGUAACAGGAGGAGCCACACCGGAGCUGGAAGCACUGAUUGCUGAGGAAAAUGCAUUGAGAGGAGGUUACAGCACGCCCCAGACCCUUGCAAACAGGGACAGGUGUCGAGUUGCUCAGUUGGCUUUGUAUGAUGGGCCCUUUGCAGACCUAGGGGAUGGAGGUUGUUAUGGAGAUCUAUUUUGUAAAGCACUGAAAACAUACAAUAUGCUUUGCUUUGGAAUUUAUCGAUUAAGGGAUGCACAUCUAAGUACUCCCAGCCAAUGCACUAAACGUUAUGUUAUCACAAACCCACCAUAUGAAUUUGAGCUUGUGCCGACAGACUUGAUCUUCUGUUUGAUGCAAUUUGACCACAAUGCUGGCCAGUCCCGGGCCAGUCUUUCUCAUUCCUCCCAUUCCUCCUAUUCUUCCAGCAAGAAGAGCUCAUCUGUUCACUCCAUCCCAUCAACAGCAAAUCGACCGAACCGCACCAAGACCAGGGAUUCCCGGGAAAAACAGAAUGCAACAAGGAUGAAUAGAAUGGGCCAAGCAGAAAAGAAAUGGUUUACAGAUGAGCCGGAUAAUGCCUAUCCCAGAAACAUUCAAAUCAAGCCCAUGAGCACUCACAUGGCCAAUCAGAUCAAUCAAUAUAAAUCAACAAGCAGCUUGAUACCACCAAUCAGAGAAGUUGAAGAUGAAUGUUGACUCCUUUGAGGCCAGAACUAUUUUUUUAAAGCCUGACAAACUUCAUGAAUGGUGAUGUGACAUUUAUUCCUCUUACAUGCUGAACCACUGAUGGAGAAGUUAAGAAGGGCAAGCUUAACGGGAAAAUAAAGUAGACAGAUCUCUGUUUGUCUGCCUUUAAUAUUGCUUCCACGUAUUUUGGAAACUAUUAUUUCAUUUAUAAAUGAACAUAAUCAAAACUAGUCAUGUAUAGCCUCUAAUGUUUUAAAUUAUUUUUGUUUAUUAGAAAAAAAAUAUAUUUUUCUUUUUUUUUUUUUUUCCCAUUGUCAAGUAUUUCCCUUAGAAAAAUCAAAGAAAAAAACUGCAUAUGUGGCCAGACUCCUAAGAAUUUAAAAACCCCCAAACCUCAGUCUUUGGUUUAAAGGAGAAUGAUGGUCACAGUUAUAAAAACAUGUAAUUAAGGGGGACAAAAGAUAUAUUUGCAAAAAAAAGAAAAAAAGAAAAAAAAAAACAGAAGAAAAAAGGUCCAACUUGUAUUUUAGUAAAUCAAAAAAUAAAAAAAAAAAAAGAAGAAAAAAAAAAAGGAACAGUUCACCGAAAUGUUUCUUUACUGGCGGAUGUGUAUUUUGUUCCACAUUGACACCAGCUCUUAAUAAACUGAACUUAUUUAUUUUCGAUGUUGAAAGUUAUAUUUUCCUACAUGCAACAUUCUUCCAAACUAUUCUUUGUUUUGUUACCACACACGGAUCAUUUUAAUUGCCAGUGAUGUUGAGGUCCAACAACCCCACGCACUCUGUGCCCUCUCCUCUCCACACCACUUGCGCACACACACUCCCCCAGCAUCCUUGAUCACUUUCUGCCACACUAGCACAGUGACCGCCAGUACCCUAAACCAAAGGCUGCAUAGAUAAGUUGCUCAUAGACAGCACUUGCUAUCAGUGGUGAAUCUGACAAUUUCACUCUGCUUCGCAGCAGCAGUUGCUAAUUCCAGGAAGGCAAGCUUGGCAAUUCCUCUUCUUUUGCCAUGUAUUUCAGUGCUUUAAUCCAGAGUGCUUAAACAGUGUGUGAAAUCAUAAGUCUUCUCAUCAACCAUAUUUUUUUGGUUCCUUACCUCAGAAGUGCUGAUGCCAUUGCAUCAGUCGUAUUUGGUUCAAAUUCUUCCUGAUAUUUGUAGAGGUUUAGCUCCAGAUCUUUGCACUUAGGUGAUAUCUCAUACCCUGGUAAAAGGCACUGAAUCUCCUUUUGGUGAGCUCAGAUCAGGAUAAAAACUGGUUUAGGUGGGCUCAGAUCAGGAUAAAAACAUGCUGUUCUCAGUUAAUUCCUACACACAGCAACACUUUUUUUUUUCAUUUAGUGUAAUCUAUAUUCACUUUGCUAGGACACAAUACAUAAAAGUACAGAAAUAACCAGUUAAAAAAGUAAAAGCAAUGAAUGUAUUUAUUAUGAUAAUUUACAAAAGGCCUUUGAUGGGUGCCUUUUGUGUUAGUAGUUUCACAAAGUUGCCAACAAGCUUUACAGUCGUCAGAAAAAAUGUGAUGUUUCAUGUCUGUGCUGCAGUAUGUAUCCACCCAAGCAUUUGAUGUUCUAAAUGACUCAAUAACUCUCUCUGUCUCAAAUUAGCAACAUCUAACACAAUUGUCUGAAGGAAAAAAAUAAAAGAAAAAUAAAAUUUAAAAAAAGGCUGAGCUAAUAAGGAUUAAAACAAAAAAGCGUAGGACCCAGUCAUCAGGAAAGGCAGGUUUUCAUUGUGCAGGUUAACUUUAGGCUUUGUAAUUUUGCAGAAUUGUUGAACAAACACCACAAUAAAACAUACUGUGGUACUUUUAGAGAAAUAUCAGUGAAUCAAACAAAUACAAAGCAGAUGAACUUAUUGUGAAAACAAUUAUGUCCAGUAUGUAAUCCAACAUUUACGGUAAACUAUCUCAGCUUUAAUGUUUGUCCACUGGCUGCAGUACAAAUAUAACCAUACUAACACCUAAUAGGCUUUAUUCUGGAGUGACUUCUUGGACUGUGAUUACUUUGUUGUUACAUUUUGUAGAGUAGCUAUUUAAAGACAAUAACAAGACUUCUUGUUAAUACAGUAUCUGUAAAAUUGGAUUGUUUAAAAUAUUUCACUCUCUUACAAAGCAACAAUGUAAGCAGUUUUCUCAUUAUUAGUUAGGGCAUUUUAACCCAUUUCACAGGUCCCAAAACAAAAGAUGAUUCUGAUGAGUUCUUCCAAUCUAUGCUGCUUCAGCUAGUGACACAUUAUAAUCUAUAUCAAGUUUCUACUUUGGGUCAUGUUAAGCCUUUACUUCGAAGUCAGUGCUCCUUUUUCAUUUAUGAACUGUAUUCAUAUUAUAAGCAAAACAAAUAACAACAACAAAAAAGCUGGUACUGAGUACAGGAGAAUUUUUGAAAUUUGCAUUCAACUUCAUCAAGUAGAUGUGGGAUUUUUUUUUUUUUUUUUUUUUUUUUUUUUUCCUGUAGAAGACUGGUGGUUAUUGUAGGGGCACAGAACAUUAUAUCUUAUACUUUAUCAUAUACAGUGCCAUUUCUGAGUGUCCUUCCUUCAGAAGGGAGCGUUCACUGGAUAAAACAUACUAAUGAAUCAAAUACAACACUCCUACCUAGCUAAGGUUUGUGUGUCUUUGUCCGGUUUAACUGUUACACCCCAAAAUAUCAUGCUACCAACUUGUACAUAGAUAAAGGACAAGAUCUAAAUACACUUACACUGUCUGUCAGCAAAGAUAGUUCCACACGUAAUGAUAGAUAGAACAACACCUGCAGAGAGUGAGAAAAACAAGUAUAGUUAGUGUUUUGCACUUCUCAUUUAUAGAAAAGCUAAGAGCACUCAAUAAUCUUUUGUUACUCCUCUUUUUGAUGAUCAAAGACACAGGACCAACUUCUGGCAAUUAGAUGGCAGAACAUGAAGAAAACCUGUUGGACAUCUUUGGCAUUCAGCCAUUAAAGGCUACAGUAAGGUCAGCACCAGUAUUUGGAUGUAGGCGAGUGGCCUAAGUGACAGCUGACAAACCAUAAGAUAUCGCAUGUAGAAAUAAGUUUUUGAUCUUUAUUAAUAAUUCUUACUCCUUCCUCAAAAGACAACAACGACAACCAAAAAAAACAGGAAAAAAAAAAGAAGGAAUUCCAGUUUUUUUCAUUAAUUGCCUACACAAUUAACAUUCACCAAAGAAUUCUGGGGUUUUUUUGGUAACUCAGAUAGAGAGUGUGUCUCUGUGUGUGUUUGCGUCGAUGCAUGUUCACACAUAUGUAUGUGUGGACAUGCAUUCAUAUAUAUAUAUAUUAUAUAUACAUAAAAGAUGGUGUGCACAUGUUUGAUACAGUCAUCACAAGAAGAUGGUCAUUUUUUAAGGGGUUAGGGUGGGGUGAAGAAAGACACAAAGAAAAAGAAAAACUGUGACUUACAGACUAGCACAUGGAGAAAUUGUACCUACUGUUUCUUCUUGGUUUGAUCCGAAAAAGCAGCCAUUCCUGUUAGUUAUAUUAAUGGUUCACUGACAGUCCACUGCAGAAAACUCUCUCACUGCUGAAGGAAAUGCGUGCUCCUGGCUCCUCCUCAAACCCAUGCACAGGCAUACUCCCACAUUUCCAGAAAGUCUGCUCUCUCCUGGCUAUUAUUUAAAUUUGGCCCCUGAAGCCUGUUAAACACUAAGAUGAAAGGCUAAAAUUGUCUUCUGAUGAGGUGUUGUUUGGGUGCCAAGCACAGCAAAAGUUAAGAUGUAAAAAAAAACCAAGAUAUUCAGAGUCUAAAUGCAGUUUGUUAAGGCCUCCAUGUAAGAUGAUAACUAUACAAAGUAUUUAUUACCGGGGAAAAAAAAAUGCAAACAUUUCCUUGCAUUUUUCAAAAACUUUCUAAAACUGUCACCUGCAUUUUAACAUCAUUUCUUCUUUCAAAUUAGCAUUGAUGGCCAAAUAGUAGAAGGUACACGUGGCAGAACAUACAAACCACUUGAAGUGGGGCAUGACUAGUUAUAAGUGCUACAGGUUAAUGAACAACCUUCUUACUCCACCUGUAACACAAUGGGACCCUGCAGCUGUAAGCAUGUGGCUAUUUACAGUUCAUCUUUGAUGGGAAAGCAGGUGCUGCUUAUACACGGUGAAGGCCAGAAGCUUCAGGAUAAUGAAGAUCCUGUGACCCUUAUUAAGCCACACAGAUGUAUUGAAAGAGUCAUCAGCAGCUUACACGCUGUUGUAGCAGGCAGCUAGGUUUAGUCCCACUAAAGAUAUUUUUUUCCCUAUUUUUGAAUUUUAAAGAAGGCAAACACCACCCAAUGACUCAGGCAGCAUGGAUUUGAAAAGACUUGAUUGGCUUCAGCCAAAUGUGGAAAAGGGGAAAAGCAGUUCGUGUGUGAUGUACAGGAGACACUACAAAAGCAUUGUCUGUAGCCUUUUAAUAUAGGGUGUUGGGUGGUAGUCAGCAAGCUGGUGGUUUUUUUGGCCAAUGUAAGAAAGAUCUACAUUUCUUGAACCCUUCACAGAGUAGGAGAAGAGAAAAAUUAUAAUAGCAUGUUCUCAUUCUGAAAAGAGUGUAUUUGUUGGGGUUUGUGUGUGUGUGAACUACAUCUAACAACUACUGCAAUAAUUGGAUGCAUAACUAAUGUAUAGUAAAAAAGCAAUAAUUUAUAAAUGGGUAAUUAUGCAUGUUUUCAAUGCUUGGUUGCUCACUGGCAAAUCCAUAAACAUGUAGCAACUUCCCUGUUCUAGCUGACUCACAUGGGCUCAAAGUUAAAAACAGAGCAGGUGCUUAAAUGGUUUUAUCAAGAAGUAUGUUUGUAAGGGCUUCUGGAUCCCACGUUGAGUUCAGAGUGUGGGGAGGGGUAUUUUGUUUUAAAAGCUGUUAUCAUUGUGCAUUUUCUUAGCACCAAAAGAAGCGUGCGUCUGACUUCUAAUCUCUAGUCUCAAAUGUGCUUAAACAAAACAACCAAGUGUGUGAAAGGCAGUGUUAUUCAACGUGAAAACAGAAAUCCUUUCCUGUAUUACAUUGGGUCGGCCUGGGAAUAUCUGUCAAAGUCAAUGGCCAAUGCAUAGAAAAAUUCAGGGGAAAGGAUAGUUCUUUAUUUUCCCUGUUUUGUUUUCCUUUCCCUGCCACCUCAACCACCAAUAUCCCCAACAUUUGAAUAAGCACUUUUUUUUUUCUUCAUUCUAGGGGUGUUAGAACAAUCCCAGGUUUAGGGGACAUAGUGCUUUUAAAUUCAUUAUAUAUGCACACCAGGUCUCCUAAUAUUCUGUUAGCAGGCAUAAUAUUUGUAGUACUUUUGUACUGAGCAAUACUUGUAGGUGUGGGUACAGUCCCCAUCUGAAAUAAUGGAAGGAAUGGAGUAGCUGUUCAGCUGUUGCUGCCGCCUAGGAUGGUACAUAGGCCUAUAGUAUUGACAACUCUGCCCCGGCAUUUAUCAAAGCUGUAUUAUACAAGUAAUGUAGCUAUUCUGCACAGAUAUUCUCUCCUAUAGAACAUGCACCCACAUUGAAACGAUAUAGUUUAUAAUGUGCAGUAGUCUAUAUAACCAAGUAAAUUCCACUGAAGUUAAUAGAAUAGGACUGCUGGACUAAAGUAUCUAUUUUAUAUAAUGGUAAAAAUGAGAAGGGGAAGGAAGAAAAAAAAAAUAUAUAAAAUACUUUUUUUUAAUCACUUUGGGUCUCAUGAAGAAGAACAUCUAACUUAAGAAGCUAAACACAGUAACGCUGCAUCUAAUUAGAACCCUAGUGAGGUUGAGAGAAAACUUCUUACUGCUUCAGCCAAUACAUUUUAGAGGAGGUUUUUAUAACGUUAAAAAAAAAAAAAAUCAACAAACCACCACCAACACAACACAUAUGCAGCUAAAUAUAUGUAAUAGAAAAGAUUUUUUCAGAAAUGAAAAAUUUGUCAUAUGAGCACUUUGUUGGCUGGACAAUAACUAACAGGAACUACACGAAAGGGUCAUCAGAUGUUAUCUCAAGUUUUCCUUAAGUAGGAGUUAAAAAGUACUGCUUCUGCCAUGGUAUAGCUUGGGACAUAUACACUUAUCCAAAAAAAAAGAAAGGUUGAGGUAACUUUAACUACUGCACUUCUGUAGAGUUCAAAGCUGAUAGAUUUUUCUUCCUUCAGAAAAAAAUACACAUACACACGAACACAUAUAUAGAAUAUAUUUUGAUGGCUACUCAUGUCUAUUUAAUUAUGGUUUGGGAGUGGGGUUGAGGGAUGUAAACUGAGAACCAGCUGUCAUCUUAACUUAAAAGUUCAUCAAGAAAAAGGAGUAUGACUUCAUCAUUUUACUUUGUACCAUUAUGGGUUGGUGAGAGAGAACAAAUGCUGGUGCUCAGAAAUGAUCUACCUGACUUUGUCAUAUGUAAUAUCCAGUGAUAAAUAUAUUGUCCUGUAAAAAAGGUUUGUACAUAACUUGUACAUGGUUUCAUUUUGUAUUUUUCUCAGAUUAAAAUUUAUGUAUUUGUGUUCUAAAAGCAGGAGAGA